CGAUACCUAAGAACCAAUAGUCCCAACCCAACAGAACUACACAGAAGAAAGGGUGAAUGCGCAGAAACAGAUUUGAAUGGACAAGGAGCUUGUGACAAUGAGGAAUCAAAUGAUGCUUUUUGUGCUGUUUUUGUUGAUGACGAGUAAGGUGACCACUGCUGAUUUUGUGAACACUUCAACAACUGAUGACCCUUCAACAACCCCUGCGACCACUUCAACAACUGAUGGCCCUUCAACAACCCCUGUGAACACUUCAGCAACUGAUGGCCCUUCAACAACCCCUGGCCCACUCUAUCCAUUUGGGGCUGGAGACACAGUGAGCUCCCGAUCCGAUGAUGGAAGUUCCCCUCCUAUAACCCUGGAGCAGCCAUUUGUUUAUUUUGGAAAACCGUAUCAACAGAUACACGUGAACCACAAUGGACAUCUGACCUUCAAUGCAGCAUUUGCCAGUUACACACCAUACCGAUUCCCUGCAUUUUCCUCAAGAGAUCUGAUUGCUCCAUUUUGGACCGAUUUGGACAACAGGCGGAAUGGUACCAUCUCUUACCGGCAGUACAGCAGUGGCAGUGUUCUUCAACAGGCCACACAAGAUAUGAAUCAGUACUUCCCAAAUCUGGGCUUCUCUGUUAAUUGGGUCUUCGUUGCUACCUGGGAUAAGGUUCCCUACUACAACACUUUUGGAACAGAAAUCACCUUCCAAGUGGUUCUGAUUGCUGGUGGCCAAUCCUCCUUCAUCCUGAUGAACUAUGGGGAGAUUGCACCAACAACUCAAAAUAUUCAGGCUGGCUAUGACACAGUCAACUCCAUCCACUACUUCUCGAUCCCGGGGUCAUUUCAAAGCAACGACACAACUUUCAGUUACACCAGCAAUGUCAACGUCACUGGUCGCUGGGCCUUCCAGACAAAUGCGACCACUUCAACAACUGAUGGCCCUUCAACAACCCCUGCUUCUACAUCUGAUGAGCCAUUCGCAGUUGAUGACUUCUGCAUAGAUUCCAUUUUUUGUAAAGGACAGGGUUUGACUGGUUCCGUUUAUAUGCUGAGCACUUUGUUAAUUCUGGUGUUUCUUACCAUUUUAAAUAAUUGAUUCUUACUUUGUUGCAAUCAAGGGAGUGGUUUUAUUGGCAGCCAUAGUGCAUGUGCUAUUCGUUCGAGAGAUUUCUCUUUCAAAGUGAAGGCUGGAGUGCACUGGAAGAAUGAGAGUGGGGAAGGAGGGAGCCUAUUGUCUAAAUAUUCUAAACAGUAUUGUAUGUGCAGUUGCGCCUUUGAGUUACUCCAGAUCCACUCCCAUUUUCCUUGGGCCCUUCUUCCUGGGUGUUUUAAUGGGCUUAGCUAUUGUAUUGAUUUAUUUGUGUAGAUGGAUAACUUGAAAUAUAUUUACCUAUUCAUUAAAGUGGCAAAUUCCAAUAGAAACAAAGCGAUCACUGUGCCACUUUUUGAUAAACGGUUGAGGAAUGGGGCUGGAGAAAUGUAACCCAAAUUCAUAGAUGGAUCUAUGGGUGCAAGGACUGAGUGAUAACUAUGUUACUCUGUUGCCAGACAGCGGUGGAUUCAAAGCAGGAGCAACACAGAUGUGCGCUCCUGUCAUUCAGAUUGACUUGUGUUGAUUUAGUUCUGAGAGUGUUGGAUGUUUUCAUUAUUUUGUAUCGUUGUUUUGGCCAAGCAGAGUGAUGGUAAUUACAUUAGGGUAAGUAUUGAGAUCUGGAUCUGCCCUGGGAAGGAAAAAGUUGGAAAUAUUCUUACUUAUGGGAGCAAUUGUUAACCAAUCUCCUGACAUACAUUUUCUAUGUCAUUGUGGUAUUUUCUAGGCUUAUAGACUUAGAUAAGUGAGUAUCUUUUUACAUUGAAGCCUCCCUAUAUUUUCUCCUUGAUAACUGUAUUCUUAUUGCACAACUGUAAUUAACCUGAUUACUUUUAAAUAUAUACUGGAAGUCUGA